AUGUGGGGAGCCGGCUGCAUCAUGGCCGAAUUGUGGACGCGUUCUCCGAUCAUGCAAGGCGACACUGAACAAAAGCAACUGACCAUGAUUUGCAAUUUGUGCGGAUCAAUAGAUAAAGACUCGUGGGACAAGGUGAGUGAACUGCCUUUGUUCGAUCGAAUGGAGCUUCCUUCCGGUUUGCCAAGAAUACUUUCUCAACGAAUGAAAGUGUAUAUCAAG